AUGUCGUUGUCCUCAAGCUUUCGGGCAACAGCUUCACCAACAUCAUUUGAGUUCGAUCCCAGCGACUUUGCGGAUGAAAUCGAUUCUUCAACUUCAAGUCGUACUUCUACUAGUUCAACCUUCGUAACUUCUGCGGUAGUGUCGUCUUCUGCUUCACAGAUCUUUUUUACAUCCGCUUCCUCUGCACGGCUUUCUCCAUCAACCAAUAUCGCAUUUCGCACUCAGACUCAGACUGCUGGUUCUUUGUCCCCUUCAAUAUCCUCUCUUCCAACAAACACGCCACAGACAUCAUCGAGUUCGUCUAGUGGAUUGGGACAGGGUGAAGUUGCUUUGAUUGCUGGAGGUAGCCUUCUCUUUCUUUUGGGACUGGCGGCUGCCAUAAUAAUUUUCCUCCGUCACCGACGCAAUCGAGCUUUGGGACGGUCUGGAUCUCGAUCAAAACAGAACGGAUUUGAGGAGAAAUACGCAGAUGAGGCGCAGUAUACAUCAUAUUCUGUGUAUCGAAAGUCCCUGUCGGACCCUGGCAUGGCACCACUGCUAAGGAUUCCAUCCAUUGGGCAACUUAGCAAGAUCCACUCGGAUAGUGACGCUGAGAGUCACCUGUACCAAGACGGUCCUCAUUCUCCGUUUACCAACGAAGGGGAAAACGUCGCACCUACACAUGCCGUGACAAUGGCCGAGUCAACUCCUCCUAGGCCAUCACAGGAUGGGCAAUUUGAAGCCGUCUCACUGAUCCCUGUAGUUGGAACUUCUUCAACCUCGCGCUCCGUCCCAAAAUUGCCGCCACUCCAAAUUCCAGAAUACCGCACCACCCCACCUCCCGUGAGAGGAUCUUCUUUGCGAAGCAAAAGUCCUGUUCAGCAGGCACCACUUGAAGUACAUGAUUCAGGUUGCGAUUCGGACGACUCAGCGUCCCUUUAUUCUCAAGCAUCUGCUUCUACACAGCGCACUACCAGAUCGUAUGCCGCGUUGAGACAAGGCGUCAUCCCGACACUUCAAUACCCAUCCAUGCCGCUUCCUUCGAUUCCGCAGUCGCCUUCACAUAAACCUUCAGGCGCAGUCAACCCCGCGCAACCCAUACGGGAAUCGGUCACCGUGAACACAUUACCAACCCCGCCUGAGUUUGGCAUUACCCAAAAUGACAAGGUAGAGGAGGCCAACGGAGGAAUCGAAGUUGACGAAACUCUGUUUGUCGCCAAACUUCUCCAAUCACGGCAGAGUCGGGUGCCGAACGCCGUGCCGACUCGCAACGCCAGUAUAGUGUCGCAUAUUGAACGAGCAGAUUCCAUUAAGCCUGCUCUGGGACGAGGGGCUGGAUCGCGACAUAAACGUGCCCGGCGGGCUAGGGAUGUUGUUAAUUCGCAGGUCCUGGCUCAGUCUCCGACAGAUUACAUGACGCCGAGCGCGUAUUUGACAUCUUCAACGUCCAAUCCUUCCCAAUCGUCCAUGUCGGGCGUUGCACCUUUGUCUAUCAACAAAAAUACGAGGCCAGAGUGA